AGAUGAAAGGUAGAAAGUGUGUCUGAGUUGAUGUGGACGUGAAUUGAGCAGCAUGUAUCAGUGUGAGGACAGAGAGGAGGGAGUCCCUCCCUCUAAAACCGCUCUGUGUGGGGAACAUGAGAGCCAGACCAAAGCUCAGAGCCCAGAGCAGCAGCACUCACCAGACUCUGCUGGACCUGGACCUGAACCCAGCUGUGUGUCUAUGAAGAGUGACCACUCACAUGAUCGCUUUGUUGAUUUUAAAGGACGACAACCCUCUGCUGCAAAGAGAGUGGACCAGGAGAGCUCAGAGGUUCCCAGUGGUCAGUCUGGCCAGCAGCAUCAAACACAGCUGGACUCCAUAUUUAUGCUGCUGGAGGAGAACAUCAUCACUUUUGUGAAGAAUGAGUUGAAGAAGAUGCAGAGGGUUCUGAGUCCAGAUUACCCAGAAUGCUUAGAGAGUCAGAGGGAGGAUGAGGAGGUGUUUGAUGGUGAGGAUGAAGAGCAGAGGAGGAGCAGCAGAGAGGCGUUUCUGAAGAUCACACUGAACUUCCUGAGGAGAAUGAAGGAGGAAGAGCUGGCUGACUGUCUGCAGAUCAGAUCUCCUGCUAUGUGUCAGCAGAACCUCAAAUCAAACCUGAAGAAGAAGUUCCAGUGUGUGUUUGAGGGGAUCGCUAAAGCAGGAAACCCAACCCCUCUGAAUCAGAUCUACACAGAGCUCUACAUCACAGAGGGAGGGACUGGAGAGGUCAAUGAUGAACAUGAAAUCAGACAGAUUGAAACAGCAUCCAGGAAACCAGACAGACCAGAGAGAACAAUCAGACAAGAAGACAUCUUUAAACCCUUACCUGGAAGAGAUGAACCAAUCAGAACAGUGAUGACAAAGGGAGUGGCUGGCAUUGGGAAAACAGUCUUAACACAGAAGUUCACUCUGGACUGGGCUGAAGACAAAGCCAACCAGCACAUACACUUCACAUUUCCAUUCACUUUCAGAGAGCUGAAUGUGCUGAAAGAGAAGAAGUUGAGCUUGGUGGAACUUGUUCAUCACUUCUUUACUGAAACCAAAGAAGCAGGAAUCUGCAGGUUUGAAGAGUUCCAGGUUGUGUUCAUCUUUGACGGUCUGGAUGAGUAUCGACUUCCUCUGGACUUCCACAACACUGAGAUCCUGACUGAUGUUACAGAGUCCACCUCAGUGAAUGUGCUGCUGACAAACCUCAUCAGGGGGAAACUGCUUCCCUCUGCUCGCCUCUGGAUAACCACACGACCUGCAGCAGCCAAUCAGAUCCCUCCUGAGUGUGUUGAUAUGGUAACAGAGGUCAGAGGGUUCACUGAGCCACAGAGGGAGCAGUACUUUAAGAAGAGAUCCAGAGAUGAGGUGAAGGCCAGCAAGAUCAUCUCCCACAUCAAGACCUCACGAAGCCUCCACAUCAUGUGCCACAUCCCAGUCUUCUGCUGGAUCACUGCUACAGUUCUGGAGGAUGUGUUGAAAACCAGAGAGGGAGGAGAGCUGCCCAAGACCCUGACUGAGUUGUACAUCCACUUCCUGGUGGUUCAGUCCAAACUGAAGAACAUCAAGUAUGAUGGAGGAUCUGAGACAGAUCCACACUGGAGUCCAGAGACCAGGAAGAUGAUUGAGUCUCUUGGAAAACUGGCAUUUGAGCAGCUGCAGAAAGGAAACCUGAUCUUCUAUGAAUCAGACCUGACAGAGUGUGGCAUCGAUAUCAGAGCAGCCUCAGUUUACUCUGGAGUGUUCACACAGAUCUUCAUAGAGGAGAGAGGACUGUACCAGGACAAGGUGUUCUGCUUCGUCCAUCUGAGUGUUCAGGAGUUUCUGGCUGCUCUUCAUGUCCAUCUGACCUUCAUCAACUCUGGAGUCAAUCUGCUGUCAGAAAAGAAAUCAACCUCCCAGAAGGCAAACAGAAGAAAAAAUGUAUCUACAGAGACAGAUUUCUACCAGAGUGCUGUGGACAAGGCCUUACAGAGUCCAAAUGGACACCUGGACUUGUUCCUCCGCUUCCUCCUGGGUCUUUCACAGCAGACCAAUCAGACUCUCCUACGAGGCCUGCUGACACAGACAGGAAGUGGCUCAGAGACCAAUCAGGAAACAAUCCAGUACAUCAAGAAGAGGAUCGAAGAGGCUUCCUCUGCUGAGAAAAGCAUCAACCUGUUCCACUGUCUGAAUGAACUGAAUGAUCAUUCUCUAGUGGAGGAGAUCCAACAGUCCCUGAGAUCAGGACGUCUGUCCACAGACAGACUGUCUCCUGCUCAGUGGUCAGCUCUGGUCUUCAUCUUACUGUCAUCAGAGAAAGAUCUGGACGUGUUUGACCUGAAGAAAUACUCUGCUUCAGAGGAGGCUCUUCUGAGGCUGCUGCCAGUGAUCAAAGCCUCUAACAAAGCUCUACUGAGUGGCUGUAACCUCUCAGAGAGAAGCUGUGAAGCUCUGUCCUCAGUUCUCAGCUGCCAGUCCUCUAGUCUGAGAGAUCUGGACCUGGGUAACAACAACCUGCAGGAUUCAGGAGUGAAGCUUCUGUCUGUUGGACUAAAGAGUCCACACUGUGUACUGAAAACUCUCAGUCUGUCAGGCUGUCUGAUCACAGAGGAAGGCUGUGCUUCUCUGGCCUCAGCUCUGAGCUCCAACCCCUCCCAUCUGAGAGAGCUGGACCUGAGCUACAAUCAUCCAGGAGACUCAGGAGUGAAGCGACUGCGUGCUGGACUGGAGGAUCCAGACUGGAGACUGGACACUCUCAGGGUGGAGCCUGCUGGAGUCCGAUGGUUGAGUCCAGGUCUGAGGAAGUAUUCCUGUCAACUCACAAUCGACACAAACACAGUAAACACAAAAAUCAAACUGUCUGACAACAACAGGAAGAUGACACGUGUGGAGGAGGAUCAGUCAUAUCCUGAUCAUCCAGACAGAUUUGAUCACUGGCCUCUGCUGCUGUGUAGAACUGAUCUGACUGGUUGCUGUUACUGGGAGGUUGAGUGGAAAGGAGAGGUUUAUGUCUCAGUGAGUUACAGAGGAAUCAGAAGGAAAGGAGCCAGUGAAGACUGCAGGUUUGGAAGGAACGAUCAGUCCUGGAGUCUGUUCUGCUCUGAUACUUAUGGUUUCUCUGUCUGUCACAAUGACAGAGAAACUUAUAUCUCCUCCUCCUCUGUCUCUGUCUCUGACAGAGUAGCAGUGUAUGUAGACUAUCCUGCUGGCUCUGUGUCCUUCUACAGAGUCUCCUCUGACUCACUGAUCCACCUCUACACCUUCAACACCACAUUCACUGAACCUCUUUAUCCUGGGUUUGGGUUUAGGUUGUCGCGGUGGGAUUCCUCCCUGUCUCUGUGUUCAGUGUAGCAGAGUCUCCUCCUGUCAGAGAAACUUUCUCUCUUGAACAGAUGGUUCAGUUUGUUCAUGUCUGUCUCUUUUACACACACAUGAAAUGGGGAAAGGAGAGAAGCUGACAUUAAGACAUUACAUAUAUUUCAAUCUAUCAUAUUGCUCUGGAACAUUAUUUGUGUUUAAACAGUGUUUAAAGUAAAUGUGAGUUGUUAUAUUAUUUAUACAUGUCUAAAUAUCAUUUGAAACAUAUAUAACUUUUGCUCAGGAUUUUUUCAAACAAAUCCGUCUGUUGGAAUGCUCGACAGAUCUGAAUGUCACAGGUUGUUUAAUGAUUGAGUCAACUUAGUAAGCAUCAUACUGAUUAUGUAUGCAAGAGUAAAAGGAUUGUAUUGUUAUGUUAAAUUAUACACACAAUUAUACAUCACUUUAUUUGUUUAACCAUAUAGUCUAAUAACAUUAUUUAUUGUCACUUUUAGUUUUUACUGGGUUCUUGUGUUCAGAGUGUCUUUUUUUUUUUUUUUUUUUUUUUUUUUGGUUGCAGUUAAUUUAUGAGUGCUUGAAUAAAAUCCACCAUAACAGUAGUUGUUUUGUUUUCUUUCUGUGUGUGUGUGUGUGUGUGUGUGUGUGUGUGUGUGUGUGUGUGCAUUGGUUAGCACUGUUGGUUAAGUGAUAACUCUAAAUUGCCUGUAGUUAUGAGAGAUUGUUAAACUGCUAUAAAUACUGAUUUCAAUACUGCUACUGAUCGUUGUUAUGUCAUCAAUAAUAAGAAAAUAGACAUAUCUUAAUUUACAGAAACCUUCUUUCUUUCCAAAUAAAUUAUUUUUGGUGCAUUA